AUGACUGUUUUAUUUUUCGCAAUCUUCAUCUUCGGUUCUUAUAAUGAAGUUGAUGCUCACUUUUCACUCGUGAAUCCUCCACCUAGAGGUAUUAAUGAAAACAGUGCCACUGUUGCUCCUUGCGGUGGUUUUGAUACCGUUAACGCCGCUAAAGCUACCGAUUUUCCACUUAAGGGCCUGGCUACAGCUCUUUUUGAAGAUGGAUUGGGAACCUUGUCGUUCAAUUAUAAUAAUAUUUCAGUAGCAGAAGUUCAAGACGUUAACGUUGAAACAACACCAAAGAACAUUACAUCAACAGUUGAUCUUGCAAAAGCCAAUGCAGCAAUCGGCACUCAAGGUGUGCUCCAGGCUGUCUACAAGUCAACAGAUGGCUUAAUAACUUGGUACAGUUGUGCUGAUAUAAAUGUUGUCGAUUCAAAAAAAAGCAGUGCCACUAAAUCUAUGAUCCAAUUCUUUCAAAAUUAA